AAGAAAUUUCAGGAUACUGAUUCUGAUCUAAGGGCCGAAGAAGCACCCACAGCUUCCUCCGCCUCACUGUCCUCUACCUUUUCUGCGGCAUCGUCUAUCCACUUGGAAACCCUAGCAGAAGCCCGAGGUUGGUCUCCACCCAAGAACAAAACCCCACCUCUUCUUUCCUUUCUUUCUUGCUCCGUUCAACUUCGCUUUCAUCGCCGAUUCGAUCAGGUUUAGGCUUAGGGUUAUGAUAUUCGUUUCUGAUUUGGAGGAGGUUUUCAGUAGCUCUAUAUGCUUCCCAGUAAGAGAACCUGCGGAGCUGUGGUAGAAGAAGACGGUGCCGUGAGAGCAGAAGUGCCGAAGAAGCCCAAGGGAGAGGCUUGCUUGAUCUCGUCGUCUUCGGCUGAGGUGGCAACGGAGAGCAAUCACAGGCCACCGAAAAGGAUGGACUACGAGAUGGUGAACGGGAAGAAGCAAGUGGACAUAGAUGAAGAUCUCCACAGUCGGCAGCUCGCCGUCUAUGGGAGGGAGACCAUGCGGCGGCUUUUUUCCUCGAGCGUUUUGGUCUCUGGUCUCCAAGGCCUGGGCGUUGAGAUAGCCAAAAACCUUGUCCUUGCAGGUGUUAAAUCCAUCACUUUACAUGAUGAAGGCAAAGUGGAAUUAUGGGAUUUAGCCAGCAAUUUCUAUUUCUCGGAGGAUGAUGUUGGAAAGAACCGAGCUACAACUUGUGUUCAGAAGCUGCAAGAACUGAAUAAUGCUGUUAUAAUAUCUGCUUUAAAUGGUGCUUUGUCACAGGAACAGCUUUCGGAUUUUCAGGCUGUUGUUUUUACUGAUAUCAGCUUAGAGAAGGCUAUCGAGUUUGAUGAUUAUUGCCACAAUCAUCAACCUCCAAUUGCUUUCAUUAAAUCUGAAACUCGAGGCCUUUUUGGGAAUGUAUUCUGUGAUUUUGGUCCAAAAUUUACAGUUGUUGAUGUUGAUGGAGAGGAGCCUCAUACAGGCAUAAUUGCAUCGAUUAGCAAUGACAACCCUGCACUUGUGUCUUGUGUUGAUGAUGAGCGGCUGGAAUUUCAGGAUGGGGAUCUUGUUGUAUUUUCUGAAGUGCAAGGAAUGACUGAGCUGAAUGAUGGAAAGCCCAGGAAAGUUACAAGUGCUAGACCAUAUUCUUUUGCUCUUGAAGAAGAUACCACAGGGUUUGGCACAUACAGCAGAGGUGGUAUUGUGACGCAAGUGAAGCAACCUAAGGUCCUGCAGUUCAAGCCUUUAAGAAUCGCGUUAAGAGAUCCAGGCGACUUUCUUCUAAGUGAUUUCUCCAAGAUUGGGCGCCCAAAUCUGCUACAUUUGGCAUUUCAAGCAUUGGAUUCAUUUCGGCAUGAUAUAGGGCGCUUCCCCAUGGCUGGGUCGGAAGAAGAUGCUCAGAAACUAAUAGAUUUAGCUUUCAAAAUCAAUGAGAACAUGGGUUCUUGUAAACUGGAUGAGCUUGAUAGGAAGCUUCUCUAUCAUUUUUCAAGUGGUUCGAGGUCUGUAUUGAAUCCAAUGGCAGCAAUAUUUGGUGGUAUUGUUGGGCAAGAAGUUAUGAAGGCUUGCUCUGGAAAGUUCCAUCCUCUUUUUCAGUUCUUUUAUUUUGAUUCACUGGAAUCACUACCAACCGAACCUCUGGAACCUAACGACCUGAAGCCAUUAAAUUCCCGAUAUGAUGCUCAAAUCUCAGUAUUUGGAGCCAAGCUUCAGCAUAAAAUGGAAGAAACCAAAGCAUUUAUAGUUGGAGCAGGUGCCCUUGGUUGCGAAUUCUUGAAGAACUUAGCACUAAUGGGAGUUUGUUGCAGCCAAAAGGGGAAGCUAACAAUAACAGAUGAUGAUGUCAUUGAGAAGAGUAAUCUUAGUCGGCAGUUUCUCUUCCGUGACUGGAAUAUUGGGCAGGCUAAAUCCACUGUUGCAGCUGCAGCUGCUGCGGCCAUCAACCCUCGUCUCCAUAUCGAGGCCCUGCAAAAUCGUGCUAGCCCUGAAACAGAAAAUGUGUUCAAUGAUACAUUCUGGGAGAGUUUGGAUGUUGUUAUAAAUGCUUUGGACAAUGUAACUGCACGGAUGUAUAUGGAUGGACGAUGUUUGUAUUUUCAGAAGCCAUUGCUGGAGUCUGGGACACUUGGUACCAAGUGUAACACGCAAAUGGUUGUACCUCAUCUUACUGAAAAUUAUGGUGCCUCUAGGGAUCCUCCAGAAAAGCAGGCACCUAUGUGCACAGUUCAUUCUUUUCCUCACAACAUUGAUCAUUGUUUGACAUGGGCCCGGUCUGAGUUUGAGGGCAUGCUCGAGAAAACUCCCAACGAGGCUAACAAAUUCUUAACUAAUCCAGGUGAAUAUGUGGGUGCUAUGAAGGCUGCAGGUGAUGCCCAGGCAAGAGAUGUUCUUGAACGUGUUAUAGAGUGCCUUGACAAGGACAGAUGUGAUACAUUUGAAGACUGCGUCACUUGGGCACGGGUCAGGUUUGAAGAUUACUUUGCCAAUCGCGUAAAGCAACUAACAUUCACUUUUCCUGAGGAUGCUGUUACCAGCAGUGGGUCACCAUUCUGGUCCGCACCAAAACGUUUCCCCCGACCACUGCAGUUCUCUACUAGUGAUCCAAGUCAUGUUGACUUUAUCGUGUCUUCUUCUAUAUUAAGAGCAGAGACAUUUGGAAUUCCUAUGCCUGAAUGGGCUAAGAACCCAAAGAAGCUGGUUGAUGCUAUUGACAAAGUAGUAGUGCCUGAUUUUGAGCCCAAGAAGGGAGUCAAAAUUGUUACUGAUGAGAAAGCAACAAACUUGUCAACUGCCUCUAUAGAUGAUGCUGCUGUUAUUAAUGAGCUUGUUGCAAAGCUGGAACAAUGUGCAAAGUGUCUACCACCUGGAUACCAUUUAAAUCCUAUACAGUUUGAAAAGGAUGAUGACACAAAUUUCCAUAUGGACUUCAUAGCUGGGCUUGCCAACAUGCGGGCAAGAAACUACAGCAUUCCAGAAGUUGACAAAUUGAAAGCCAAGUUCAUCGCCGGAAGGAUCAUCCCUGCCAUCGCCACCUCUACGGCCAUGGCAACUGGUCUGGUAUGCCUCGAACUUUACAAAGUUCUUGCAGGUGGGCACAAGUUGGAGAACUAUCGCAACACGUUUGCCAAUCUCGCCCUUCCCCUCUUCUCCAUGGCCGAACCUGUAGCACCAAAGGUAAUCAAGCACCAGGAUUUGAGCUGGACUGUGUGGGAUCGCUGGAUCAUCAAAGGCAACAUCACCCUUCGCGAGCUUCUUCAGUGGCUCAAGAACAAGAGACUCAACGCCUACAGCAUCUCAUUGGGAGUCUCCUUGCUUUACAAUAGCAUGUUCUCGAGGCACAAGGAUAGGUUGGACAAGAAAAUCGUCGAGCUUGUGCAGGAUCUGUCUAAGUUGGAGAUCCCUUCGUAUAGAAGACAUCUGGAUGUUGUUGUUGCUUGUGAGGAUGAUGAGGAUAAUGACGUUGAUAUCCCGCUUAUAUCUAUUUAUUUCCGGUAAGAUCUCUUUUGAUUUUGCCGAGCUAGAUGCUUUUUGCUUUAUAGAGUAAAACAUUCAAGAGCUUGGAUGCCUCUUGUGCUCGUCAAUUCUAUCAUGUUCUCACAUGCUCUUUGACAGCUUGAAGUUCUCUUAAAGAUGUUGUUACUGCAGUUUUAUAUUGUUUAGUAUAGCCAUAUAUAAGAUUUGCUUGCUUGGAGUUUAGUAAGCAUCUUAUGUCUA